AUGAACACACGUUACCUUGAGAAUCUGGUUCUGAUAGAAAAACACUUUGAUCUGAAUUCUGACCAGAACCACAGUGUGUUUGGUGAUGAAGUGAAGUCAGUGUCAGUGAUGGAGGGAGAUUCUGUUACUCUAUACACUGAUAUUAAACUACAGAGAGAUGAUAUGAUACUGUGGAGAUUUGGACCUGAAAAUUCUCUCAUAGCAAGAAUCAAUGGAGUGGCCAAAAAUAUCUCAAUAUAUGAUGAUGUUCUUGAUGGGAGAUUCAGAGACAGACUGCAGGUGAAUAAUCAGACUGGAGAUCUCACCAUCACAGACAUCACAACUCAACACACUGGAGAUUAUAAAAUAAUCAUCAGCGGCAAACAGAAGAUCUCAUACAAAUUCAAUGUUAUUGUCAAUGGUGUGUUUGGUGAUACAGAUGAAGUAAAGGCGAUGUUAGUAAAGCAGGGAGCUUCUGUUACUCUACACACUCAUCUUACUGAAAUACAGAAAAAUGAUGUGAUAUUGUGGAGGUUUGGACUUCAAAGGUCUCUUAUAGCAAAAAUCAAUGGAGUGGCCAAAGAUAUCUCAAUAAAUGCUGAAGUUCUUGAUGGGAGAUUCAGAGACAGACUGCAGGUGAAUAAUCAGACUGGAGAUCUCACCAUCACAAACAUCACAACUCAACACACUGGACUUUAUGAAGUACACAUCAACAGCACUAAAGAGAGCUCAUACAGAUUCAAUGUUACUGUCUAUGGUGAGUACAGAUUAAACAUUCAGAGAUCUGAUUCUUCAUCUGUGUGUUUGGUGAUGAAGUGA